AUGUCCGACGCAGGCGAAUCUCUGAUUCGCAAUGCUAAUCCAUUGGACUCGGAAGCAGAGAUAGAGACUGGGCCACGAGACGAGGGGCUCGGAAAUUAUUUCCGGUGGCCCGCAAAGUCUCGAACAGACUUUGCUCCGCCACAGCUGUUUGAAAACUUCAGCUCGCCCGCGAUAUUGAGCUCUCGGACUCCCGUCUGGCUCAAGUACACAUUGGCCACAGUGGCAUUUCUGCUGUGGGUUCUUUGCAUGGUUCUGAUAUCGAUGAAUUCCCUGUUCGCUUAUCCAGAGAUCGAUGGCGAUAAGCUUGUGCAUUCGAUCGCGUGCGAUGUGAAUCUGUCAUUCUGGGCGGGACCCAAUGCAGCUUGUGGGAUCAACGCCGAGAGUUGUUUGGGGUCUAAAGUGGGCACAAUAUACAAAUUCAGGUGUCCUGCGAAUUGUGUGCGGGAAAGCUGGACAUAUACGCCUAUGCCUGUGGGCCGGAAGGUUGCCUACCACGAACCCUUUGUCGUGGGAACUGAUAAUGCUUACCGAUCGGAUUCAUCGAUUUGCGCAGCUGCUCUGCAUCACGGCAUCAUCUCGGACAAGUACGGGGGCUGUGGAGUAUUAAAAGUGCAGGAGAGUCCGGAUGAGUUUACCAGUGCACUGGGGAACAACUCAAUCACCAGUUUUGCCUUUGAUGGCCCGUUUGUCUCGAGCUUUACUUUCCUGCCCGUCGACGAGUGUACGGGGUGCAAAUCCAAAAGCUCAACGAUCAUGUGGCUCAAUUUCUUUGCCACGGUGUUUUUUGCAUAUUUUAUUACCAACUCGUUGUGGUUUUUGCUCAUUGUCUCAACAAUUGGCUUCUGGACGGUGAUCCUGGCCGCCAACCCGCCGUGGCACGGAGGCAGCCCCGAUGCCAAUGCAGAAAUCAUAUCUCAAGGUCUUGGUCGAUACCUACCAUGCUUUUUUGGCCUCAUGUUUAUUCAUCGAAUUGCCACAGAAUAUCAAUUGGGCGACUGCAGGGCCAACCUGGCAAGAGCCGUGCUCUGGGCAGUUCCCUUCUACCUCGGCAUUUUGGAAAAUUACACCUUUGGGUAUAUUCCAGUUGACAGAUUGAUAAUUUCAGACUUGAAUACACAGGCCGGUGCCUGGACAGCUCUCAUUAUCAUUGCUUGCAUUGUGACAGCUAUUGUGGCCCGCCAGGCGUACGUGAUUGCGGCCCUCGGCUAUUUCUGGCCCUACAUUGGCCUGUACGUGGGCAUGGCCAUCGGUCUUGUACUCCUAGGCAUGAUUCCACAUGUAACGUUACGGAUACAUCACUAUAUAUUGGCGUUGAUUUUCAUCCCCGGCACUUUCCCCAGAACAGGAUUGAGUUACGUUUAUCAAGGUCUGCUUGUCGGAUUAUUUGUUGCCGGGGCCAGCCGAUGGGGGUUCGAUCCCAUUGUUCAAACGUACGAGCAAUUGCGCAGGGGCGGCCCGAUCGAGCAUGGAGGACACGCAUAUUUCCUCGAUCCACUUGUUUCAGCCGGAGACGAUUUGGCAAACUACGUUUUGAACUGGGCCCAAAACACUACGGAGCCGCUGCUCGACGGAUUCUCCCUGGUCAUUGACGACAUUGAGCGCUGGCGAGGGGCCGCAACGUCUUUUAGCCUCACCCAAUGGGUGCUCGAUGUCGAUGCACCCGAUUAUAUUUAUUAUGUGCGGAUCGCCGCCGCGGCACUGUCAACAAACCUCACCGGUGGAUACACACUGGCCGGCAUUGCUGACUUGCAGGAGGGCACUUGGAUCAGUCCCGAACCAGGACAAACAUAA